AUAAAAACUUUUGUCUCUUAUCAAUUCUACUCAACCAAAAGUUUAAAAAGUAAAAAAUGCAUAAAUGGCAAUAUGUUAUUAAUACUAUACGAAAAGCAAGUAUUAAAAAUCAAAUAUUAUAUAUUUAUUUACAAAACAAAUAAAACAUAACACGUAUCUUUAUAAUUGAUUCAAUAUGUAAAUUAUUAUGACCUAGCCCAACAAAUCACGUUGUGUCCUUAAGACAAUUUUGCUCCCUCUAUGAUACCUAAGAUUAUUAAGCAAUUGUCUCCCUAGAUAGAAUGAGUUUCGUUUCUUAUAAAAUGGUAUUGUAAUUAUAAGGAAUCAACGAACAAACUAGAUUAGAGUAACCGCAACUAUAUGCAUGUAUAUUUAGAGAGAGUAAUUAAAACUAAUUAUAAAUCCCUAAAAUCAAAACAACCAACACCUAUCUAUAGAAAAAAAAAACAUGGAUGAAAAGUUGCAAGUAAUGAAAUGACACAACUAUCCAUUAUAACUAAUGAAGAGUUAAUGAAAUAACACAACUAUUCACAUCAAAAAUUACCAAUGAAAAGUUACAAUUAUCUAAAUAUACAAUCCAAACAGUCAUACAAAUUGUCAUACAAUGCAACUCUACAUUAAAUACGUGAUUCUUCAUUAAUACAAAAAAUAUUUACAAAAUAAAUAUCCAACACAACAAACAUCAAGGGACGAAAUAUAUAUACUCCAUUGUAAGAUUGGAUCUUAACUAAAAAAACAGAUCAAGUAAGAACCAAAUUCUAAAUAAACCAAUUGUUGCCAAAAUUAGGAGAAUAGAGUCAAUAGGCACUAGAGGUUAGAGAGUUAGUCCAAUUGUUAAAGGGAGCCCUAACAAAUCUCUCUCAAUGUGUCCUUCACAAUGCGCCUGUUCUUCCCCUUCACCCCCUUCUCAAAUCCUCUCUUUCAAACCUUACUUCGCCAUUUCAGCUCCAACACAAAUCUCCCAACUCUUGGCAAAGUCCCCACUAAAUAUCGACCUCAAGCAAUCAAAGAAGCUCAAGAAGUUAUCACGGAUUAUCUUCAUACUACCAGUGCAUUACCCUUUUCAUAUGCCGAGUUCAUCAGCAAAAACUCCGUUCAUUCUCUUGCUGAAUUGAUGUCAAAGGUAGAUUUUUCAGCCAUUUAUUUCCGCAAGAAUUUUCAGAGGUUUCUUAGGUAUAAUCCUCUUCAUGAAUUUGGGUUCUUUUAUGAAAGUAUUGGAAUUCAUUAUUGUAAUAUUAAUGAUUUUUUGAAGCCAAAUGUGCAUUUUUUCUCUGAUGAUUCAACUGUUUUAAAUGUUGCUUGUACACUUGCUGGAAUUGGGUUUCCUUGGAAUAAGUUGGGGAGGUUGUAUGUUGAAGAAAUUUCGAUUUUUGAGAAUAAUCCCAAGUUUUUGGGGUCAAAGUUUAAUGGGUUGUUAGCAAUGGGGUUUAGUGCUGAACAAGCUGUUGGUAUUUGUUUAGGGUUUCCCUUUCUAUUGAAGGGGGAAGAGGUUGGAUUGAAGGGUGAAUUUGAUGAAUUAUUGGAUGAAUUGAAAAGGGUAUUGAUUGAUUAUGAUUUGGGGGAUGGAUUAGUUGGAAAUGUGGAUCUUUGGUAUGAGGUUUGUAGGAAACUUAGGUUUUUCUAUGACUUGGGUGUCCCGAAAAGGGCAGUUGGAGAGUCGAUUGGUAAGAGUUCUGUUGUUUUCACUGAUUAUUCAGAGAAGGUUUUGGCUGAGAAGGUGGAGUUCUUUUGUAAGUUGAGUGUUGGGAAAGCAGAUGUUGGUUUGUUGCUUCUUUCCCAUCCUGAGAUACUGAGCAUUGAUAUCGAAAAUCGUGUAGUUUCUGUAUCCGGAUUUUUGAAUCGUUUUGGCUUAUCGAAGAACGAACUUAAACUCCUUAUGGAGAAAUACUCUUAUGUAUUUGGUCGGAAUAAGAUGUCUAAUUUGCCCCAUAUUCUUAGAGCCAUGGAUCUUCAUGAAUGGUUCUUCCAUAAUAUGAAGUUGGGGAAGUAUCCGUUAUUGGGUGAUUAUGAUUUGAGUAGUCCAGAUGAAGGUGAAGACGCGAAUUAUGUACAGGAGAUGGAGAACAUCAAAUGCUUAAGAAAUUAUAGUUAUUUACUAUGUAAGUUGAAAUUUUUUCAUGGCAUUGGAUUUGGAGAGCAUGGUUUCACCAUGAAGCUCUUAAAAGAUGUACAUGGUUCUGGUAGUGACUUACAUGAGCGAUUCGAUCUCCUACUAAAUGAAGGCAUUGAGUUCUCCAAACUGUGCAAGAUGAUAAGUUAUACACCUAAGAUUCUAAAUCAGGAGACUGACUCUCUUAAACGGAAAAUUGACUUCCUUCGCCAGGAAGUCGGUUUAUCCUUGGAGUUCCUGGAGACUUUUCCAGCCUAUUUGAUUUAUAAUUUAGAAAAGCGAAUUAAGCCCAGAUAUAGAUUUCAUGUCUGGCUAGCUAAGCAGGGCUGGAUGAAAAAAAAGUACACUUUGUCAGGCAUUAUAGCUACAAGUAAGAAAGGAUUCUUGGAACAACUUUCCUGUAUACAUCCAACAGCACCUCAAUUAUGGAUGGAGCAAUGCGAGCAAACGAAGACAAGUGAAUCGAAGAAAGUAUCAUAAGACAGUUUCCAGCUCAGAAUGUAUAGUGAGCAAUGAAAGUUCUUGAGAGUUUCUAAGCACUUAUACUUGAUAGGUUCAUAUUAUUCAAAGAAAACAUAUACGAUUAUUUUUUGGGCCUAUGAUUUUUUAAUUUUAAUUUUAAAAAAGAAGUCAAUCUUUUGGUCACAGAUUCAGUUCAGUUUCAUAACUUGAAUUAUACAAAGAAUAAUAUUUUGUGACUUUAUCAGAGAGCCUAUCCUCCUCAUGUGUUACAAUUUGGCUAAACCGCUAUGAACCUGAUUUUUGCUAGUUCAGAUGGAAUUACAUGUCUCUCAGAUGAUUAGAGCACAAGAGAUUGGCUGUGAACAUCUUUCAGUCUGUUCAAAGGUAGUCCUGGAAUGAAUUGCUGGAUACAAAGCUGCUUGCGCCUGUACUUAUGUGAUGAUAAUUAGGUUUCCCUUUACUAUAGCAGCUUCUUCCCCAUCCUGUCUCACCACAACAUGUCAGUGGGAAAACCAGGAUGUGCUUGAAAAUCUAACCAUGAUCUGAAUCUGUUUCAGGAGUUGUGACAACUAUCGUCUACGCAUCAGAAUACUGUAUAUUCCUAUUUAUUUUUGGUGGGAGGGAGCAAUCCUGUCUUUAAGAACUUGCAUCCAUUAGGACCAUUAACUACAAAGCUCCUGCCUAAAGUAGUUUAAGGUUCAGGGCGUGAGCCACGAGUACAUGACAUAUCUUUGAGCAUGAUAAAGCUUCAGCUACCAAAGCUGCUAUGGGUCAUUGAUUGACUAACAUUUGCAGGCUCGUCAGGUGAUCAUUUCAGGCCUUUGUCCUUGGAAGAUCUGUAAGAGUGUAAGAGUUAGAAAAAUAGAAGUAGGAGAUACCAUGAGGUCUGUUAAGUAAAGCUAAACUUAAUAAUUGGUGGUGCAGUCAGAUGUUGACAAAGCUCUUGUAUAGUAUGGAGUUCACAACUUAUAGUUCCUGCAGUCUGCACGAAGUGUCGAAGUUUGGUUCAGCAUCAGCAUAUUCUGUAUUUCUAAGCUUGUUUAUCAAUACCUACAAUAAUAUAAUAUGAGGGUUUGUUCCUCAAUAAGGUUCAUUAUAAUGUUGAGCUUGUUAGCCUUUUCUUUUAUGCAAUUUCUUGUAUCCUUCAAAAUACUUGGUAAAUGGUGAUUGUCACCUUUAAAAUUUGCUUAUUUUGUUCGAAUUUAAACAGGUUGCUCCAUCAAGUCGCCCUCGACUUGUAAGAAGUACUCCAUAGUAAACUAGCACACUAAUGUAUCAUAGUGUAUGACAAUUGUCAACAAAAAAAAACUCUGCUUAUCAUUAAGUUGAUUACAAACCUGAUCAAUUUACCACAAAAUUUGUUCAUGUCCAACACAUACCUAGACCGUACUACCUCUUAAGUCUUAAGAUGUGAAUUUAACUCAAAUCAAGAAUGGGACUUGUUAAGAGACCUUUUCAAACAAAAUACAAUGACUAUGCAACGAUAAAAGUAAGAUCAAAGCGUACUAUGAAACUUAAACUCUAUCCUCGACUCACCCUAACCUCCAUCCCAAUAUUCUAAACAACAUUUAUUAGUUGAUAAUUCUCAAAAUCCAUCCAAAUUUUAACUUAAAUGCCAAACAAUACAUCCAUUUGGUACUAAACUACUCAUAUCUACAAACAAGUGAAAAGAGAAGCGUUAUAACUAAAAAACCGUGAAAGUAUAAAUAAUGAAUAUUUAAAAGAAGUAUUGGGAGACUAGAAAUAAAAUCUCCUAAAAGGCGAAGUUCAAGAAAAUGAGAUGAAAAUGGAGGAAAAGAGUAGUAGCAGCGUAAACAACAACGACGGAGUUAAGUUCGGGAUAGAAGAAGCAUGGAAGUGGGUUCCGAGUGGGACCCACUGGUGGUGGGUCAUAGCUAGCGCCGCCCAAUUAGGGUGGGGAAUUAAGUCUUACAAAAAAGGGUUUACCGGAGAUUGCCGGUUUAUGCCGGCCAGAGCUUUCGGCGUUGCCUCUCUCUUCGUCGGCGCCGCCGCAACCGCCUCCGUUUCCGCCCUUAGCGCCGCCGGCAUUCAUAAUGUGGAGGAUAUGAAAGAAGCUGGUGCUAAUAUUAGGACAGGACUGGGCGUUCCUCCUCGAAACAAGGCCAAUUAACAUCGUCUUUGGCUAUUCUAUACUUAGAUUUUACUGCACCUUGUUCGAAUUAACCCGAAGACUUCCUUACCAGGUGCAGUUCAGCUCUAGAACACGAGUUUAGGGACACAUUGCUCUUGGGCAUAACUAAAGGGAAAUUCGACAAAAGUGCUUGUGCUAUGGCAUCGAUCUUUUUUUUCUUCUUUUCCUCAGCUUCUUUUCUUAGGCUUUGCAUCUACAAUCAAUUUAUUAUGGAUUAUAUUCAGUAAACUCUCAAUUUUGCUAAAAUUCUUCCUGCUUGUUCAUCAACUCACCAUGUCACCAUUGUGUUACACUGAUGAAUUUUCAGUGGGACUCGGGUAUUAUUAGACUUACGCUGAGGAAAUUUCACUUUUUAUUUUUAUUUGAUAUAUAAAGUUUCACAA